AUGUCGUCGUUGCUCCUUGGUCUUCGUCAACAGAUGGGCCAAACCGAGUUUUCUUCUUCUGCUGCCACCGACAUGACUACUUCUUUUGUUCACGAGGAUGGAAUUCCUUCUCAUCAUUCUUUAUGGAGUACUUUCUUGAACAAUUUAAUUGUGAGUGCUUGGGAAUUGUUGAUCGGGCACCACCAACAGCCUUUUUCAUCAUCAUCAUCAAUAACCAACAGUUAUCAUCGUUAUGAAAUGGUCCAAAAUCAUCAUCAUCACUAUCAACAACAAAUUCAAUUACUACCACAAGAUGGAAUUUCUCUUACGGCUCUACAGCAACAACCCGAAACGGAUUCAUUACAAUUAGCCGAAGAAAUUGCCAAUAUUUUGAGUAUUUGUAUGAUCAUGUUCAGUUUCCUGUGUAGUUUGUUUGUUCUCAUUAAUUUAUGUAAGAAGAAUAUAAAAGCAGAGAAGGAUGAGAAGGCCAUGUUGGCUCGAUUUGAAAAUUCAAACCCGAGUGUCAUUGAAUCCUUGACCUCAAAGAAACAUCUCUAUACAAAACUAACUUCUUUCUGCAUAUUGUGUAUGAUCAUUUCGGAUUUAUUGUUUACUGCCUUUUAUUUUCCAACCAAUACAUUGAGAUUGAUCAAAGGUUUUCUGUUUCAAGAUUUACCAAAAGCUCAAACGUUGAAAUUGGAUCCUUAUUUCUCAAUUCCGAUUUAUAUCACGGCUGAGAUUACAGAAAUGUUUGUCAUUAGUAGUGGUAUCUUCUCAUUGCUUCUCACAUUAUGUAUUUACAAAACAAUUAAGAGUAUUAAGCCUUCUGGCUCUUCGGCAGAUGAUCAAUCUUCAAAUUAUUCGCACUCAUCAAAUCAGAGAUCAUCCAUUGGCUUAGAUUCCCAAUACCAACAAAGUGCGUCGAAUUAUGGAACGAAUGGAUCCUCAACCGCAACAGCUCCUUACAGUGGUGACCAAUCUAAUCCCUAUCAUAACGAGAAUGAAAAGAGUCGACUUGUGUCACCCAAUUCCGACAUGAAUUCCGUGAAUACUCCACCACGAACACCAGAAGAAGAAUAUGGAAAUCAUGACGCCCAUGUUCAACAACCCUUUACAGUGAAAGGAAGGUAUUUGAAAAUGCAACAACGUAAAAAGUGGAUUCAAACAGUAUUUUGCCUUAUUUCAUGGGGAAUUCCAGCAAUAUUUGCCGUAGUGUGGAUCAUUAUUGAGGAAUUAUAUUUAGGAGUGAAUACCACUCCAGCAGGAGUAUUUUAUGCCAAUAUCAUUCCUGACAUGGUUAAGAAUUUGAUUUAUAUUGCCAUUGAGGUGGGCUCUGUUGCUCUGAGAAUCAUGAUUUAUACAGACACUAAAAAAUUGUUCCGUGACACCACCAUUGUUGAAAAUACCUCGAGUGCAAAGAAGAAACGAGAAAAGGAGAGAAAUUUAUUCAAACAAUUACUAUUUUAUGCACUUCCAUUCUUUCUAUUUGGUAUUUGGGUCAUUGUGUACAGAUUAGCCACAGACAUUAUUUAUAUUGUGCGUGUUGCUGAGCAUGGCAUUAAUUCUUUCAAUGAUGACAUGGAUUUGGCAGGCCUGAUAGUUUUAAGUAUUCACCACAUAUUGAGUCCUCUCAGAGCCUUUGCCAACAGCGUUGUGUACUGCUUGCUUUCGAAAUGGUUCAGCGAACGAGUGAAAGGAUCCUUCAAGAGGUGUUGUGGUUCUUCUCAGUGA